AUGUUAUUAUGUGAUUGGGCAUUCGUUGAUCCCAAAACUCUUGUUGAAACCGGCAAGAAGUUCUGCAUCUGUGUGAAAGAAGUGCUUCCAUGGGUGAUGCUUCCUCUGCAAGUGGUUUAUGUCGAUGAAAGCCGGAAAUCUAGAAAAGGUCCCGCGCAUUUCGGCUACGGGAGCAGCACUCUUGAGGGACAUUUACUAGCAAGAGAAGAACGGUUUUCAAUAGAGCUUGACGGAGAUGGUAAAGUAUGGUAUGAGACACGUCCUUGUCAAAGCCGGCUCAUUUCUUGUCCUUCCUCGGAUACCCUUAUGUGA